UCACGUAAGAUCUUUGCCUUUACAUACUUAAUUGAACAACUGGUUGGCAACCCUGAAAAGACGGACGAAAUGACUGUACGACACGCACGAGGAUGUAGUGGGAAAACACGUAAAUGUUAUAAACUUGUUAUGUUGACGAAAAUAAAUGUGGUGUGAAGUAGUGAUUCUUGAAACGUGACAAUUUCACAGAAAAAAAUGUUCAAGUGUUUUCUGUGUGUAUGUAGCCAUUCCCAUUAUAUUUGUGACUGCUUAGGACAGAGCUGUGAAACAAGAAUACGUGAAAUCCAAAGAUUAAGCUUCGUUUAAUGUUAUUGAGUGUAAUUUUUGUAGGUUAAAGUUGACAUUUGCGCACAAAAAACAGUGUUACCAAUUAUAGAAUCAGGAACAAGCUUAGUGGAAAUGUCUCGAACGACGUGCAUUACACAAGAUGGCCCUGCUAAUGCACUUGCUCUGAAUAAAGAUUAUUCCCAGGUUGUCAUUGCAGGACGAAAUGUGUUCAAGGUAUUUUCAAUUGAAGAAGAUGAAUUCGUAGAGAACUGUAAUCUCAGAGUUGGGAAGAACCUGAAUCUUAAUUUUUCGUGUAACGAUGUUGCGUGGAACACAAUCGAAGAUCAUCUCUUAGCGACUGCUGCUACAAAUGGUGCUGUUGUUCUAUGGAACCUGAAUCGACUUUCACGAUCAAAACAGGAACAUGUGUUUAUGGAUCACAAACGAACUGUAAACAAAGUGAGCUUCCACACAUCAGAACCUACUUGGCUCAUUUCUGGUUCUCAGGAUGGGACCAUGAAAUGUUUUGAUCUUCGAACAAGAGAAGCAACUCGGACGUUUUACAGUAACACUGAAAGCGUCCGUGAUGUUCAGUUCAGUCCUCAGCUCCAUCACGUGUUUGCUGCUGUUUCUGAAAAUGGCAACGUUCAGCUGUGGGACCUGAGACGUCCUGAUCGCUGUUAUCAUCAGUUUACUGCUCACAGUGGGCCAGUGUUUGCCUGUGACUGGCAUCCUGAAGUUGCCUGGCUAGCCACUGCUAGUCGAGAUAAAACAAUUAAGGUGUGGGACCUGGCAGGCAAACCAUCACUAGAAUAUACAAUUCACACCAUUGCAUCUGUAGGACAUAUUAAAUGGAGGCCUCAACGGAAGUACCACAUUGCUAGCUGUGCCUUGGUGGUGGAUUGUAGCAUCAAUGUUUGGGAUGUGCGACGGCCUUAUAUUCCCUUUGCUGCGUUUAAUGAACAUAAAGAUGUAGCUACAGGUGUUGCAUGGAGAGGUGAUCCUCAUGUCUUCCUUUCAACAAGUAGGGACUGCACCUUGUAUCAGCAUGUGUUUCAAGAUGCAUCACGCCCAGCCAGCAAGGCAAAUCCUCAAGCAAUAUCUCUGAACAGCAAAGGAGAUAUGAUGUAUGCUUGUCGAGUAAACAUGAACCCAGUGCGUGGACCAGCCAAACUGUCAAGCAUCCUUCGGAAGGCUCCCCUUCAUAGUGAACAGUUUUGCCAGGCAAGCAGUGUCAUGCACCGGUUCUUGUGUAAGACGCCAAGGGAGACACAAUGCUUCCAUGAGUGUGCCCGCAGGUACAUCCUGACCGGGCGCCCUCUUACGGAUAUUUGCGAUCACAAUGCUGCAGUAGCCAAGGAUCUUAACAGACAUCAUGUGAGUCUGGUAUGGAGUGUUGUGAAGACAUUGUACAGUAGCAAGGUGGGUGACUUUGGGCAACAGAUACCAUCUGGGAAUGUAUCAAGAGAGGAGACAGGUUUGGGUGUGCUCCAGACAACAUUAGGAACCAGUACAGGGCUAGAGCCCAUCAUUACUGGUGCAGGUGGAGAUGGUGAUCAGCGUUCAUUACUGGGCGGUGGUGGAGAGACACCAAGGGGUGCAAUGAGUGCAGGGGAAGACGAAACUGAAACAGAUGAAACUCCAGAGCAACAUAUCAAUGGGAGGAUGGGUUUGGGGAAUCUGCCUAUCCCUCAGGGAGACUUUUUCUUUGGUGAUGGAGAAAUGGAUCCAUUAAGUGUAGAUUUUGACCGAAUGAAUAAUGGAAUGAUGGGUAUGAGUCUCAGUAAUGGAUUGCUUGGUGGAUCACACAUGUUGCUGGAUGCUCAGACACAGCAGGACUGGACACUUCCAAGUGAAGCGUUUCCCUUGAGGCAUGAGAUCCAGGAUCGGUCACCACCACCAGAACAGUUUCCAAAUCAUGGAUCACCAGAUCUAAAUGAUCAUGAUUCUCAGCCUGUAACUACUGAAGACCAGCCAUCUUCCCUUCUAAGUGUAACAGCAAUACCCCGACUUGGACUGUGGGAUCCAAGUCAUAUCAUGGUGGAAAUGUUGAAACAUCAUGCGUCUUUGGGGGAUGUUCAGACUUCAACGUCUGUUUUGUUAGCACUUGGAGACCGGCGGCGGAGUCUCACAAUGUUAGAUGAAGCCACUCAGGAACAUUGGCUGUUAGGGUAUCUGGAUACACUGGCGAGGUAUCAACUGUGGGAAGUGGGUACACAGGUGAUUCAGCUUGCAUGGAUUCCGAGUGUAAUGCAGCUAAACCAACAGUCCACAACAGUACACACAAGUUGUGGACAAUGUAGUAAGCUUCUGCAACGAACAGGGUGGCUCUGUGACCGUUGUCACAGUUCUGAGUGUGCUCUGUGCAGUGUGUGUCAUCAAGUGGUACGAGGUUUGUAUGCCUGGUGUCAGGGCUGUUCUCAUGGAGGCCAUCUUGCCCACUUGCAGGAAUGGUGGGAAGUCAAUAAGCAGUGUCCUACUGGUUGUGGACACAUCUGUGAAUACAGCUAGCUGAGAUGCAAAUGAAGCCACAUGGAUUUGCCAUUGUGAUGUAUGGGACAAAUGCAGGAGAGUUUUAAUUGUGGAGGGAGAUACAAACCACAGGGUUGAAUAAUGUUAAUGCAUGACCAUACUGUGUUCAUAAGGAACCCUGAUAAAAUAAUAAACUUGCCCCUCCAAAAAUUAAAAUAUGACGAAUUUAAAAGUUCUUGAAAUGAUAUGUGAUAAGAAAGGGAAGAAAUGAUAAAAUAAUGUGAAUAAAUGAAGGUAUUAGACAAAGGCAUAGUCUUUCAGCUUUCGUUAUACAGGGGUUGUUAAAAUGAAAACCCUAGCUGCAUGUUUGGUGU